CUACUGUAUUUUUGUUUCAAAGGAAACUGCUAUUUGAGAGUCUUCUUGAGCCAUAGCAGAGGCUAAAUUAAAAUGCAUAAUGAAAUACUUUCAACAAACUGAUUACUUUUUAAUUGCCUCUUACUUUAUUUAGGUUUUCUUGUGUUAAAUGGACUCUUAGAAAAACAGGUUGGUUUGGUUACUGCCUUGAAGGUCUCCAUUGCUACGCUGAAAAGAUUAUGCAAGGAGUAAAAGUUCCUCGUAAUUUUCGUCUGUUGGAAGAACUUGAAGAAGGUCAGAAAGGAGUAGGUGAUGGAACAGUUAGCUGGGGCCUUGAAGACGACGAAGACAUGACACUUACAAGAUGGACAGGAAUGAUUAUUGGACCUCCAAGAACAAUUUAUGAAAACAGAAUAUACAGCCUUAAAAUAGAAUGUGGGCCUAAGUAUCCAGAAGCACCUCCAUUUGUAAGAUUUGUAACAAAAAUUAAUAUGAAUGGAGUAAAUAGUUCUAAUGGAGUGGUGGACCCCAGAGCCAUAUCAGUCCUAGCAAAAUGGCAGAAUUCUUAUAGUAUCAAAGUUGUUCUGCAAGAGCUUCGGCGUCUAAUGAUGUCUAAAGAAAAUAUGAAACUUCCUCAGCCACCUGAAGGACAAUGUUACAGCAAUUAAUUAAAAACAAAACAAAAACAAAACCAUGCCCCCCUUAUUCAAUUUAAGCUGUCUUCAUUUUCCACAGUAGUAAAUUUUCUAGAUGCAUCUUGUAGACCUCAGAAUACUGGAAAGGAAGUUCCCAUUCAAAGGAAGUUUUUUCAUGAGAUACUGUAAAUGAUACUAAUUUUUUGGGGUUUUUUUGGGUUUUUUUUGGUUGUUUUGGUUUUUCAUUUGAAAUAUAAGUUGUGCUAUAACAAAUAAUCCUGUCGUGUAACCACUGUCCACAUAGCUGAACUUCUGGUAUCAGGAAAAGUCUAUUUAAAUUUAUUACUGUCAAGACCAGUGUGGCACAUCUAACGUAACUGUGAAAGCAUCCAUCCCACAAUCACCUUGCUGUGUGUCUGGCCUGGGGUUUGGGUUUUUUUCUGUCUUUUGCAAUAGAGUCGAAGCUCAGGGCUAUUUAUUAGAGUAGACACAAAGGUUUUUGCUUCCAGUACUACACUGGGCUUUAUGGACUACUAAUGGGGAUGUGUGCUAACCUCAGUCAUCCCUCCCUUUGUGCUAUCUCUAGUAAAGGCUGAAUGUGACUGUGGUCGUUUUUGGGUUUUUUAUUGUUUUUUUUUAAAAUGCCCUGAUCUGGGGCAAGCAUCCUUCUUCCCUUUGGCCAAGGCAUAGAUUGUAUUUCUCUUCCUGGUCCCCCUCACCAGUGAUGUGGGCUUUGGGUGAGGGAUUCAGGGUUCUUUUAAUCUCUUCCCUCUUCCCCUCUUUUUAGUGGGGAUGCUGCUUUCUUUUUGCCCCUCUUUGUGACUCUUCUCACCCCUGGCCAGCAGGGGUAAGUGUUGGGGCAAUAACUUGACCUGUUCCCUCCUGCUUAUCAUUUUGGUUUUGCAACAAAUUUAGUCUUCACCAGCCUGGGAAACAAGAGUAUCUAUUCUGCUCGCAAACUUGGAUUUCCCCUGUCCCUCCAGCACUGCUGCCACACCGCCAAGCUGGCCACGGCUGAUGUUAUUAGACAGGCUUUUGACGUGGUGAAAAGAGCAGUAAUUUACCAGGAUUGCUGAAACCUUCUGCUGCUGCCAAACUGUUAUGGGGAAACCCUGCAUACAGAGAUUCUGAACACACACUCCAGCUCAAAUAGUUGUAUUUUGGUGCUUUGGAUUGACCCAAGAAUGUUAAUUAACAAAAUGUUGCACUUAACGUUUGGCCCUUCUAAAGAUGUGACGACUACAGACAAAUCAAAUAAGUGUGGUAGAUUUCGUUAGGAUUCUGUAAGUCUUAGAAGAGAAAUCUCCUCAGUGAAGAUUUUGGUGCGUACAGCAGAUUGAGGACCUUGAUUGGCUUUGCAUCCUGGCAAAUCACUGCCUUUUCUGGUUUACUGUUUUGGACCACUAACUGCUGAAAUGUGGAUGCAAGCUUACAUACAACCAACCUAGUGUGUCCUGAGUUUUAUGAACAAAUUCAGUGUUUGUGUAAAAAAAGAAAAGAAAAAAAAAAAGGAGAAAAAAAAAAAAGGAAAAGAGUAAAAAUGAACACAUUUUAAAGCAGCAGCUAUCAAGUCAAUGAACAAUUGAUGUUUCCAUUAACUCUUUUGAGGAAAAUAUUAGUUGUAAGGAUUUAACAUCCUCUGUAAUUAAAGUUUAACAUAACAGUAUUCCAUAAGCAGCCUUUUUAUUGUAUCAGACCAUUGCCUGAUUUUAAUAUAAUAAAAAGUGUGCAUUAAUAUUAGAAGGCUUUAAUUGUAUUUAUGUUUAGAA